UUCAGAAGUGCCAACUCUUAUCCGAAUCUACAGUCUUUAGGGCGAAGCGCAGUUCUCAUGCUCACCGAUGCGAACAAAACAGUGACCCCAGUUCGUUACUAGCCAAGCCAAAUCUGCGCCUUCCUUGUGCGUUGCGCCUACAUAUCAGAUUCGCUCCGCUCCGUUCGCCCUCUCCAGAUUCGCUCCACAGUCGAAUGGACAGCUGCUGCCACCCUUUUACCAUCCUUGCCGCUCCUUAAUACCAUCACCCACGACUUCGAGUACUCCCACCGUCGAGUCGCCUAACAUCAGCUUCAUUGCAAGCACUACAAUAAUCACCCCUACCAACCCUCGCGAAUGGUCGUCCCUCCAAGCAGCGGAGGGGCUGCUGCCUCUUCAGCAAAUCGCCCGCUGUCGACCGCCAAUAAUGGCACUUCUUCCAAGUCCAAAUCAGCUGCACAUACGCCGAGUCUUGCCGUCGGUAAUGCAUCCAUGCCCCUCAGCGCAAGACGCUCCGAACCUUUGGACUUGAAUACCGUAGAACGAAGAGGACAGCCGAAUGCUGCACCUGAGAUCACCAAGCGGAACAGACUACAUGGAAUCCUCGAGGGACCUACUUUCCGACCAACUGCAGAAGAGUUUCGCGAUCCUAUGGAAUACAUGCGCAAGAUCGAACCCGAAGGUCGAAAAUAUGGCAUUGCAAAAAUCAUUCCUCCCGAUGGCUGGGAAAUGCCUUUUGCCAUCGACACAUCACGGUUCCACUUCCGUGUGCGACGUCAGGAGUUGAACUCUGUCGAGGGAGGAACACGCGCAAAUCUGAACUAUCUGGAUCAACUCUCUAAAUUCCAUAGGCAACAUGGGACUAAUCUCAACCGCUUCCCCAGUGUAGACAAACGGCCUUUGGAUCUUUACAAGCUGAAAAAAGCCGUCGAAGCCAGAGGAGGCUUUGAAAGAGUGUGCAAGUUGAAGAAAUGGGCCGAAAUUGGUCGUGAUCUCGGAUAUAGUGGAAAGAUCAUGUCCAGCCUCUCAACGUCACUCAAAAAUUCUUAUCAGAAAUGGCUUCAGCCGUACGAGGAUUACUUGCGUGUCGCGAAACCAGGUGUUCAGCAUCAACUGGAGCUGGAAAACGGUGGUCCAUUCACUCCUUCUCCGGGUACUUCGCCUCUCAAGAAGUCGCAGAAUAACACUCCAAACGGCGAAAGCACCCCAGCUAUGCGUGCCUCUGCCGCUCUGAAUGCUUCUUUGGACGCCGGCAUUCCUGUGCCACAGCAAACGCCUAUCAAGCCGGCUCCUCCGGCUCCAUCGCCCGCUCCUAUGCAAGGUUUUACGCCGGUCAAUGGAGGAUUUACAUCAGUCAACCGUCCAUCAGGAUUUACUCCCGUCAAUGGACCUAACGGGGUGCAUGCGACUCCUGAGAAUCCACGUUCGGUACCGAGAUCUACUAUGGAUAGUCCUCAGCUUCUCGAGAUCAAUACGCCAAACUUCGAACCUACCAAUUCUGCAAAACGUGCUCUAAGCGACAGUGCUGAGAAGGAUGCAAAUGGAGAUCUAGACGCCUCAGGAAGACGAAGCAAGAGAUUGAAGAGAGAACCGGCUCCCACAGUAGCGGGAUCGCACAUGCACCAACCUAGAACGUCAACGCCAAGAUUUGUGCCAGCCCGGGAACGCAGUAACUUCCCCCCAGGCGAAGCGUGUGAAACAUGCGCAAAGCCUGAGGACCCUGGACUCCUUCUGAUAUGCGACAGUUGCGAUUGUGGCUACCAUGGCGCAUGUCUCGAGCCUCCUGUCAAGAUGCAACAACCCGAAAAUGAUUGGCAUUGUCCUCGUUGCCUUGUUGGUACAGGAGAGUUUGGAUUUGAAGAGGGCGAAGUGUAUUCUCUGCGAGCGUUCCAAGAAAGAGCCAACAGAUUCAAGGAGAAUCAUUUCACCGACAAAAUGCCAUUCGACCCAAUUCUCAACAAGAGAAGAGCUGUCAAUGAGGAUGAUGUUGAGCGCGAGUUCUGGAGGCUCGUAGAAAACAUUACUGAGACGGUUGAGGUCGAAUAUGGUGCUGACAUCCAUUCGACCACUCACGGAAGUGGUUUCCCUACCAUCGAAAAACAGCCUCGUGACCCUUACUCGACAGAUCCCUGGAACCUGAAUGUCUUGCCUCUCUACGGCGAGUCUCUGUUCAAACACAUCAAGACUGACAUAUCCGGCAUGACCGUCCCAUGGCUCUAUGUCGGCAUGGUGUUCUCCACUUUCUGCUGGCACAACGAGGACCAUUAUGCUUACUCGGCCAACUAUCAGCACUUUGGUGCUACCAAGACAUGGUAUGGUGUUCCUGGAGAGGAUGCUGAGAAGUUCGAGAACGCAAUGCGAGAAGCUGUGCCGGAGCUCUUCGAGACGCAACCAGAUCUUCUGUUUCAACUAGUGACUUUGAUGCCACCAGAGAAGCUACAGAAAGCUGGUGUGCGGGUCUACGCGAUCGACCAGCGUGCAGGCCAGAUGGUCGUUACUUUCCCUCAAGCGUACCAUGCAGGCUUCAAUCACGGGUUCAACCUCAACGAGGCUGUCAAUUUCGCGCCGGUCGACUGGGAGCCUUUCGGCGAAAGCGGUGUACAAAGACUCCGUGACUAUCGUCGACAGCCGUGCUUCUCGCACGACGAGCUGUUGUUGACAGCUGCAUCCCGUGACACGACGAUCAACACCGCAAAGUGGCUUGCGCCGGCUCUGGAAAGGCUGCUGGAGAAGGAAAUGGCCGCUCGCAAAAAUUUCCUCGAACAGCCAGAUAACGCAGAACCUACAGACGACACUUACCAAGGUGACAGAUACACCAACAAGCCUGAGAUUUUCACAGAGGACAUGGAUGAAGAGGAAUACGUUUGCAGCUUCUGCAAAUGUUACAGCUUCCUCUCGCGAUACGUGUGUCAAAAGUCGGGUAAGGUGAUGUGUCUACUGCAUGCAGGCGCGUACGAAUGCUGUGACUCGAAGGAAUCGGACCGAUACGCUAGCCCAAACCACGACCAUGUGCUCUCCCUCCGUAUGACAGACAAAGAGCUUAGGUCGAUGGUUCAAAAGGUCGUGGACAAAUCUAAACUUCCCGAGGCUUGGGCACAGAAAGUUGACGACUACCUUGGUCAAGAGCCUCGCCCAUCGCUCAAAAUCCUGCGCUCCCUGCUCAAUGAGGGCGAGAAGAUUCCCUUUGAUAUCCCGCAACUCGCAGAUCUGAGGCGCUAUGUCGAGCGUUGCAAUGAAUGGGUGGAAGAGGCUACCAUUUACAUCACUCGUAAGCAGCAGAACAGAGCGAAGGGCAAAUCUUCGCGCAAAAAGUCGACAGUUGCUGAAUCCGACGAGCGCGACAAGGAGCUUCGUAAUUUCGAAAACAUGCAAAAGCUGCUUGCUACUGCGGACGAAAUCCAUUUCGAUUGCCCAGAGUACAAGACUUUGCGCGAGAGGGAAACCGAUAUCAACGAUUUCAAAGCAAAAGCGCUUGACAUCAUUAUGGGUCAACAACACCGCGCUCGGUCUACUCAAGAAAUUGAGGAUGUCUUUGAAGUCGGCAAAACUCUCAACAUCGAACUUCCUGAGCUGGAGAACCUCGAAAAGCUGCUCAACCACGUCAAAUGGCUCGAUGAAGCCAACACUCGUCGUGUUCAGUUCCAAACACUCCAAGACGUCGACACCUUCAUCAAUCGCGGUUUGGAGAUCGGCAUCCCCGAGACACAUCAGCACAUACUUCGAUUGCGAGAAGCGAAAGCUCAAGGUGAAUAUUGGGAGGCAAAGGCUAAAGAGAUUAUGAGCGUGGAGAACGUUCACUACCAGCAGCUAGAUGCCCUGUCAAAGCAAGCAGCUGGUCUGCCUGUUACUGCAGAGACUCUUGCAAGAGUCGAUGCCAUCCUCAAGAAACAGCGCGAGGCUCAAGAGAAGAUCCUUGCGCUCUACCAACAGAGCAAGAAUCCUGACUUCAGAGCUCGGCCGAUGUACAAGGACGUCAGAGAUGUUAUGGCCUCUCUUGAAGAAUUGAACAACAAGCCUGCCGGUACGGUCGACCUCGAAAAAGAGCAACGUCGCCACGAAGACUGGAUGCGCCGGGGCAAGAAGUUGUUCGGCAAAGCUAAUGCGCCGCUGCAUAUUUUGCACCAGCAUAUGAACUUGGUAAAGGAGAGGAACGACGCAUGCUUCGAGCUUCGUGACAAGCCCAGAAUGCCUGUUGAGCCUUCUUCGAGAGAACAUACUCCCGAGCCAGACAGUAAGGAUAGAAUCCCUGAUGUUUUCUGCCUUUGCCGUAGGCCCGAGGCUGGUAUGAUGAUCGAGUGCGAGUUGUGUCACGAAUGGUAUCAUGGAAAGUGUCUGAAAAUUGCUCGCGGCAAGGUCAAGGAGGAUGACAAAUACACUUGCCCAAUCUGUGACUGGCGGUUAAAAAUUCCUCGAGACGCUGCUCGUCCCAAGCUUGAAGAGCUCAUUGCUUGGCAAGAUGAGCUAGAGAACCUGCCUUUCCAGCCUGAGGAAGAGGAUACCCUCACGAGCAUCAUCGAGACUGCUCAGGCCUUCAGAGACUACAUUCGUCCCUAUGUCAACCCUCUCACGGUCUCUCCGGACGAAGUGACCACCCUCCGCUUCUACCUUCGAAAGGUUGAAGGUGCCGACAUUCUGCUGGCCUAUGAGACCAACUUUUUGCGGCAAGAGCUUCACAAGUCAGCGCCUGUCGCCCCGGAAGCUCCGCCAGUCAUUGACUCUUCUGCUUCAACCCGCAAGCCUCGCCCCACGAAACAGCAAAAGCUCAUGGCGUCGCUUGGAAUAACCAAUCCUGAUGACUUACCUCCGCAGUACAGAAUCAAGCCUCACAAGCGAAAGAGUAGUGAACCGCAGCCAAAGCCACCUCAACUGCUUCAACCCGCUGGUUCUCCUGCUGCUCACACGCCAUCCAGCAUCAGACCUGGUUAUACUCAGCAGACGCCCUCGUUCAGCUACCCUGCUCAAAGCCAAUCGAUUGUCACUUCUGGCUACCGCGACUCGCCUCUGUUUGCGCCACCGUCGUUUGGUCUACCACCACUUCGCACUCCAAGUGAGCCCACUCACACGGUCAACCCCGCGCAAUUUGCUUCGCACAACUACACACCCCACACAUCUCCACCGCCACAGCCUAACUUUGCAGUGCCACAAUCUCCACCACAGCAUCCCCCAAUGUUCAGCACAGGCAUGAACUUAGACCCUGCGCUCUUUACCGCUGGCGGAGCCAUGUUUGAUAAACGGCCUGGCUCCUCUGGUAGUCCUAGAAUGGUGCAUACCGAAGCAAGCCCGUCUUUCAGCAGUCCGCGCACCAGCAACACGAACCCCAAUCUGGAUUCCAUCUUCGCGGAUAUGGUUCACAACGAUGAUGACCACGCCACUCUCGGCCACGAAGGAGAGAACCAGCUCGCAGGUGAAGCCUUCGCCGCUGGCGGACUCGAUCAAGACCAUCCAGACGAAACUCAUAUGGAUGAGUUUGUGAACAACGAGUAG